AAGAGAAAAAAUAUAAAACAAUAAAAAAUAGCCUUGUAAUUCCCUUUUGCUUGUUUGAGAUCCUCAAAUCAAAUCCUAAUUUCCCGUGACAUUUCAGAAACAUUCGACCACCUAGAUUGAAGGAAGAAAAACAAUCAAAAAGAAUGGAUGAUGAAAUUGUGAUGUUCAUGAAGGUGUGGCUCACAACCAUCUCGUGUCUCUGCUACUGUUAUUACAUAUCUUGUACAAUACCAAAAGGAUUAUUCAGACUUAUCUCCAUCCUUCCAAUUCUCUAUCUCUUCCUCAUCCUUCCUUUGAACCUCUAUUCCUUCCACCUUGGUGGCCCCACCACCUUCUUCCUUGUUUGGCUUGCCACUUUCAAACUCCUCCUUUUCUCUUUCAACCAAGGCCCUCUUGCUCAAUCACCCCCAAACAUUCUCCAUUUCAUCUCCUUAGCUUCCCUUCCCAUCAGCCUCAACAACAACAACAUCUCCAAAACCAAACCCAAAUGGCUUUUUCUCCUAAAAGUGCUUAUCUUUCCCUUCAUCAUCCAUGCUUACAACUACACCCAAAAUCUCCAUCCCCAUUUCAUCUUACUCCUUUAUUGCUGUCACAUGUACCUUGGCAUAGAACUUGUGUUAGCCCUCACUGCUAUCCCGGUUCAAACGCUUCUAGGGUUUAACUUACAACCUCAAUUCGACGAACCUUAUCUUUCAACUUCCCUUCAAGACUUUUGGGGUCGUAGGUGGAACCUAAUGGUUACAGGUAUUCUACGUCCCUCCGUAUUCCACCCCGUAUACCGUAUAUCUUUACGUUUUCUGGGUCCCUCUUGCUCCGUCUCCACUGCUGUGCUGGCUACUUUCCUUGUGUCUGGACUCAUGCAUGAGUUAAUAUAUUAUUAUCUCACACGCGCGCCUCCCACGUGGGAAGUUACCUGCUUUUUUGUGCUCCAUGGGGUGUGCACGGCGGCGGAGGUGGCGGUGAAAAAGGUGAUGCUCCGCCGUGGGUGGCGGUUGCAUGGAGUGGUGUCGACGGCGCUUGUGUUGGCGUUCUUGGCGGCAACCGGGAGGUGGUUGUUUUUUCCUCAAUUGUUGAGGAAUGGUGUGGAUAAAAAGGCCAUCGAGGAGUGUGCAACAUUGGUGAAUUUUGUUAAGUCGAAGCUACCGUUGCAUUUGUUAACUUUUUCAUUGUUCUGAGAAUGAUUUUGUUAGCAUUUGUGAAUCAAAGGAUUCGUGAUGAAGCUAAUAUUUUGAGGUUUAUGUCUAUUUGUAAAGGGUGUUCACAACCAAAUAAUUUACACAAUUACGGAAGAUUAAUGUAAUAAAAAUCGAUGGAUUAAAUUU